AUGCGACUCAUCAAGCACGCCAUUGUGCAGAAGGAUGGCUCUGGCAGCGCGACACUGCUGCCAGAAGAGCCUGAGGACAUGUGGCAUGCCUACAACCUCAUACGACCCACCGACCUGCUGCGCGCAUCUGCUAUACGAAAAGUUGUAACCGAGUCCGGAUCUGGCGCUCGUUCCAACGAGCGCGUGCACAUGAACCUCACUGUACGCGUUACGAAGCUCGAUUUCGACCCCCAAGCAAGACAGCUCCAUGUGUCAGGGCAAGUAGCCGAAGAGAACAAAUGGGUCAAGCUGGGCAGCUUUCAUACUCUAGAUCUCGAGUUGCAACGGAACUUCACACUGGAAAAGGCGGAUGGCUGGGACAGCGUAGCUUUGGACACACUCAAAGAGGCAAUCGACCAGGACAAGAAGGCUAUUCUGUGGGCAGUCGUCAUGCAAGAGGGUCUGGCGAACAUCUGCCUAAUAACGGAACAUCAGACGAUUCUUCGACAGAAGAUCGAGGUCAAUCUACCCAAGAAGCGCGCAGGCUCCACUGAUCACGAUAAAGCAUUGGAAAGGUUCUACCAGAUCACCUUCGACUCUCUACUACGACAAAUCGACCUCGCCAACCCCAUGCCGCUCCUCUUAGCCAGUCCUGGAUUUACGGCAAACAGCUUUCAAGCCUUUAUCAAGAGGCAGGCCACGACAGGAGCGAACACGCAGCUCCAACAACUCGUCUCGAAUAUUACAGUCGCGCAUUCUGCAUCAGGCCAUCUCCACAGUCUGAGCGAAGUGCUCAGUAGCCCUGCAGUCACGAGCAAACUCAGCGACACAAAGUUUGCUCGAGAAACACAACUGAUGGACAAAUUCUUCGAGAUGAUCAGAAAGGAAGAUCAACGAGCAUGGUACGGUCCCAAAGAAUGCGAGACUGCAGUAGAGCGAGGUGCUGUUGGCAAGGGCGGCGGCGCACUACUCAUCUCAAAUUCUUUGUUCCGCAGUCAAGACAUCAAGACUCGCAAGCGCUGGGUGAAGGUGGUCGAUGAGGUCAAGGCCCAGGGCGGCGAGGUGAGGAUCCUGAGCAGCAUGCACGAGAGCGGGAAGCGACUGGAAAAUCUUGGAGGUGUUGCGGCUAUUCUCACAUAUCCUAUCGAGGAUCUCGAUGAGGAAGAAGAAGUUAAAGUUAGUAGUAGUAGUAGUAGCGAUAGUAACAACGGCGAAGGCGGGGUUAGUUAG